AUGACACCUGCUGAAUGGCAAACCCAAAGAAGAAGACAUACUACUCAACAAGUCAGAUUUACUGAUAGAUCAGUAGUUCAACAUCCUCAGAUGCAGACAGGUAUUGUUUCUAUUCCUAUACAAAACACUUAUAUUGAUUUAGAAGUGCAGGAAUUCAAUACAUUGGAAACUGAAGUGGAGGAACAAUCAGCAAAAAUAAAUGAGAUGAGAACUCAGAAUAUAAAUAGAGUAAAUAAACAAUCACAAAGACAAGAUUACAAUACAGCAUCCACAGAACAGGAAGUCCAUAACAAUAAUCAGCAAAGGAUGGACCUACAAUUAACAAGAACUACUCAGACUGGAAAUCAGCAAAGGAAUAUAAAUAAUUCAGGUAUGGACACAAUGCCCCCAUCCAAUACUCUAAUGCAUACUGUUGAUAAUUAUGUUGGUGUAGCUGUUGGAGGUGAGGCUGGAUGUGGUCAGGGGAAAAAUAAUAUAAAUCAGACUAGAAUUGAUAAAGGUAAAGGCAAAAUGGAUGAUCAAGGGGGGUAUUUGACUAAUAUUAGUAAUGUACCUCCUGAUAAACCUAAAGUUCCUGAUAAACAGCAGGUUAUUAAUACAAAUAAUGCUAGUUCUUCUAACAUUGCUAAGGAUCCUACUAAUCAACAAAGAAGUGAUAAUGAUGAAUAUAAGGAACCUGACUCUGAGGAUGAGAUUGAUGAAGACACUCAAUCCUUAGGGGAAGGGAGAACACCUAUUGAAAUUAUUGAAACAGCUUCUCAAAUUCAAACAAGCCAUUUGUUACACACCUCUAAUGUGGAUGAUAUUAGAGAAGUCACUGGCAAACAAGAAUCUUAUAGAAUGCAGUUAAUGAUGCAUUAUGCUCAUAGUAAUUCUAAUAACAAAAUCUGGUUGUUUUGGUCUAAGGAAGUGAAAUGUAAUAUUUUGGAAAGUGAUCAACAGCAGAUAACCUGUGAAAUUAUACAUGAGGAGUGCAGUGAAAAGUUUCUUAAUACUUAUGUUUAUGCUAAAUGUAAAGACUUUUUAAGGAGACCUCUUUGGGAAAGCAUGUUGAAAUGGUCUAACACUGGUCUUCCUUGGUGUACUAUUGGUGAUUUCAAUGUAAUAGCUGAUACUCAGGAAAAGAGAGGGGGUAAAGAAUAUAAUAUUAACAAAAGUCUGGAAUUUAUUAGUAUUAUAGAGGCUUGUGGAUUGAUGGAUAUGGGGUACAAUGGUCAGGAUUAUACAUGGUGUAAUCACAGGAAAAAUGGGGAUAGAGUAUGGAAAAGAUUAGAUAGGGGUAUGGUGAAUGACAAGUGGUUAGAUAAAAUGCCCCAAAGUAAUAUAACUCAUUUGGCUUCAGUAGGUUUUGAUCACAGUCCUUUAUUAUUGGAGAUGAGUGAUAAACAAUCUAAGAUUAUUAAAUAUUUUAGGCUUCUAGAUUACUGGACUAUGAAUGAAACUUUUUUACCAACUGUAGAGAAAUGUUGGAAAAGACAGGUCAAGGGAGAGCCUAUGUGGAUUUUACACACAAAAUUGAAAAGGUUAACAAAAACACUAAGAUGCUGGUCUAACAAGGAAUAUGGGGAUGUAUUUGGAAAAAUGAAACAGUAUGAGGAGGCUGUUAAGAGUGCUGAAGAAGAUAUGGUUAAUGAAAAUAAUAUAGAAAAUAGAGAGAAGUUAAGUAUAGCCAAUGCUCAAUAUGUAAAGUACUUGAAAAUGGAACAUGCUAUCCUUAAACAGAAAUCCCAGUUACAGUGGUUAAAGGAAGGUGAUGCAAAUUCUAAAUUCUUUCAUGCUGUGAUUAGAGGGAGAAGAAACAAAAUGUUUAUUCACAAAAUUAUGGAUGAUAGUGGAGUAUGGAUUCAAGGUGAAGAUAAGGUGGCUAAGGAAGCUUGUGAUUAUUUUCAAAACAUAUUUACAGGGAACAAUGAAAAGAUUAAUGAGGACAUGUUGCAGUGUAUUCCUGAACUGAUAACCUUAGAACAGAACUCUAGGUUAGAUAAAAUGCCUGAUAUGGAGGAACUGAAAACCAUUAUUAUGAGUAUGAAUCCUAACUCUGCUCCAGGACCUGAUGGAAUUGGAGGAAAAUUCUUUCAAGUAUGUUUUGAUAUAAUUCAAGAAGAUCUGAUGGCUGCAGUAAAGUCUUUUUUUAGUGGGAAGGUAUUACCUAGAUAUAUGACUCAUGCCUGUCUAGUUUUGCUUCCUAAAAUCAACCAUCCCAAUAAGCUGAAGGAUUAUAGACUUGUCAGCCUUAGUAACUUUACCAAUAAAAUCAUAUCCAAGAUCCUUAGUACUAGACUGGCUUCUAUUCUCCCUAACAUUGUUUCAGAUAAUCAAUCUGGAUUUGUGAAAGGAAGAAGCAUUUCUGAAAAUAUCAUGCUAGCUCAAGAAAUUAUGCAUGGUAUUAAACUUCCUAAAGAGGGCAAGAAUGUAGUUAUUAAGUUAGAUAUGGUUAAAGCAUAUGACAGGGUUUCAUGGGCAUAUACUUGUAUUAUUUUAAGAAAAAUGGGAUUUAGUGAGCUGUUCAUAGAUAGAGCUUGGAGAAUUAUGAGCAAUAACUAG